ACAUGAGACUCUAUGCUCGCCAAGCAUCAGAAUAAUGUCCAAGGAUCCUCAUAAUUCCCGUAAACCGUCCCCGGUGGCAGUCUCCCCCCGAGCGCCGCCCGGGGUGGACGCGUCGCGCUUGCUCUAACAAGUAUCACCCUUGUAAACCCCCCAUACCGAACUAAAUCGGCCCGCGACCCUUCUAGUGACGUGUAAAUCUCGGAUUUUUAAUCUCGGUUAAAGUGUGAUGAGUACAGUGAUCCAGUGGUAAAUAAUGGCUGUGAACAGCCCUGGUGGUUACCCCCCUAUCUCUCCCAAACCCCACACUCCAAAAAGUCCUCGUCACUUCGUCUUCCCCCAAAAGAGUCCCUCGGUCGCGUCUAGCACCUCUUCCUCUGGUUACUACACGCCUCAGUCUGGAUGCAGCUAUGACAAGCACAAUCAGCCCCCCAAGUCACCGCUAGCGCACGGACAUCGCAGCCCCAUGAGUCCCAGACAUUUCAAUUUCCCCCAAAAGUCUCCAUCGGGACGCUCGAGCCCUUGUAAUCCUAGCUUUGACAGGCAAAGCCUGCACUACUCCGCAUCUCUGAAGCACGGCCGCCGCGAGAAGUCCCGGUCACCAAAACCACCGCCUGUUCAUAUACACACUAACCCCGGCUAUGUAUCUCCCAAUCGCACGAGAAAAUUAUACGGCUCGACGUCGACUGUCGGUUCCCCUAGGCUAGUGACGUCACCCAGCAUUGUCUCCAGCCACACUGAUGAUUCGAUGGAUGCCAUGCCAGGCACUCCCUCUGCAAUGCUUAACGACGCUGACGACGAAGCGACAACGACGUCGUCGAGGAUCUGCCGUAAAUCUACAUCAGAUCUUACAGACAUCACUGAUGACACGCCUCAAACCCGAUCGACCAGUAUUAGUAGGCCAUGCUCGCCUAUGCGACGGGGUUCGAUGAAGGGCGGCCUUGCAUAUCUAGCCAGUAGAAGGGGCUCAAGAGAGUCGACGAUGUCAAAUUGUGAUUCGGUGGAGGAUAUCGGACCUCUAAAUUUUCAAAAUACAAUGCGUGGUAGACAACGGCGGACUUCAAAUUUCUUAGAAUUGCCAGUGGUGGAACACUCCCGGCCGCGCGUGUGCUCGCUGCCCGAGAAGCCGUAUAACCCUCGCAUCUCGGACGACCUGUACCGGCUGCGCACCUUCUCCAUCACCACCAAGGGCGGCGUCGUCAACUGCGGCGACUCCAUCUGCAACCGCCGGUCGCGCUCCAACACCUCCGUCAACUCCACCAACAGCAGGGCUUCGGACCGGUCCCCGUUCGACGGCUCCUGCUGCUCUGGCUACCGGCCCGUGGACUCAGCCAGCCUCGACACCCCUGACGAGGAUGAAUUAGAUCCGAUACCUAAAUACAGAGUGGUGUUGCUCGGCGACGCUGGCGUCGGGAAGACUGCACUCGUCUCCCAAUUCAUGACGUCUGAGUAUAUGAACACUUACGACGCGAGUCUGGAUGAUGAAUUCGGCGAGAAGUCAGUGUCAGUACUUUUGGACGGGGAAGAGUCUGAGCUUAUAUUUAUCGACCACCCCAGUACUGAAAUGUCGGUGGAAAACUGCUUGUCAACCUACGAGCCACACGCCUGCGUAGUGAUAUACUCGGUGGUGGCGAAGAGCUCGUUCACGCGGGCCGGCGAGGUGCUGGCGUACCUGGCCAGAGAGCUGUUCACGGUGGAACGGACUGUGGUGCUCGUUGGCAACAAGGCCGACUUGGCUCGGGCGAGACAGGUGUCCACUAAUGAGGGCAAAGCGCUAGCGACGUCCCGCGACUGCAAGUUCAUCGAGACGUCGUCAGGCAUUCAGCACAACGUGGACGAGCUGCUGGUCGGCAUCCUCAAGCAGAUCCGCCUCAAGGAGACCCGCGAGAAGAAGCAGGCCAAGAAGGUCGGGAAGCAGGAAUCGAAGCCAUCGAAACUAGCUAGCUCCCGGACACACAUCUCGCUCAGUAUCGCGAGGGAAUUGCUCCAGAAGAUCUGCAUUAACGACAUUUCCAAGUCAAAGUCGUGUGAGAAUUUACAUGUCCUUUAAACUUAUGUUUGCCUGGUAUAUCUAUAUCAAAAGAAGAGUUAAAGGUUGAUUCUCGAAAGCUGGCGCAGAGUAUGAAGAGUUUUCACAGUUUAGCAUUAAAUCUCUCGCCAGCUCUUAUGACAAGCCAACCUAUAAGACACGUCAAAGUAGUGCUAAAUAUUGAAGACACAAAUAAUAGAGGGCGCUGUGCGUUUUUCAUAUUAUCGCGGUAACUAGAUCUGGCGGCGUAGCACGGUGGCGUUUUUAUCCCUUGUCACCAUACCUGUCACUUUCUAACAAGUAUGUAAGUGCAUAAGGGACGCGCAUUGUGAUAGUCGAUAAAAAUGGAACCGUGCUGCGCCCGCUGGUUGUCAAGCCCCAAUCCAUUUUCCACAAAUCGUACAGUGAAAGUAUUUAAUGUUCGUACGAUUUCGUAUAUGUAUAGUCACUGUGACAAGGUAAUGAAAUUAUAUUCCUUGACCCUUUACCUGUUUCAUGUGUCACGGCAAUAUUUUGCACCAUUUUGCGCGUAUUUAUUUUCUUUUUGUACGUAUGAUUUAUACCAAAGAUACCUUUGGAUUAGAAUGAGAUGUUGGAUUUGUGUAAUAGUAGGUAGUCAAAGAAAUGUAAUCAUUGGUCGAAAGCAUAGCUUAAAUUCUCGUUGAUCAUUUAAUAGAGUGAAAAUUGUCAAAGAUAAUGUAUUUUCGUACUAGUCGAUGUUACCAUUUGUAGAAUUCUAAUACCAAUGACAAUAGAAACGCAGAGCGACAAUUCUAUUCAAAUUAUACCUAAUGCUUUUGACGCGACGUGUAGCCGUAUAUCUUCAUGGCUGUCUACAGCGAGGCCUAGACAAGCAAAAACUUGCAUGCAAUUUGCCUUACAUUUCCAACUAUUAAAGUAAACUGAAUUGAAAAGUUUGAUCAGAUACCCCAAUGUAAUGAAAAUUGCAUGCAAGUUUUUGCUAGUCUAAACCUCGCUUAAGAACGUGAUAGAAAUUGAUUGAUAGAUUACGAGGAGAAAUACGACGAUUUUGGAGCGUAUUUAUUGAAGGAAAAAGUUAAAUAAUAUCUGAUUUUAUUUCCGUUUCGUUGAUGUAUGUAUAGGUAUGACUGAUACUUGAACUUAACUGAAUUUCUUUAGUGUUUUCAUUUUAGGUUGUGUAUAUUCUUCCUUAAACUAGUAUAAUGAGUAGGUGUUCUCUUAAAAUGUAUGUUAUUCUCAAACUGGACUGCAAGUGCAAGGUUACUUUUCCGGUUUAAAAUUAGAAAGCAAAGUACAUUUUUCAAUAACGACUAUAUUCUUUACUACUUUUCAGAUGAAACCUCAAGUAGGUAUUUUAUUAAACCCAUAAAAUACCCUGCUUAUUCAAAAGACAGGUCUUUAGACUCGAGAUCUAACCAACACAGUGAUAGUCACUAAACACGCAUAUACUUUAGAUUGUUUUAUAUGGUAAUCUUCCGAUUUUUUUUUCGUCGGAUGUCGGUAUUUGCUGGAUAGCUGGAUUUGCCUAUUCUGUACAUACUUAAGCGUAAGCGCAAUUUCACCGUAUGUCCUAAAAAUCUUCCACGGAAUUACAAAUAUGUAUGAUAUUUUCGUUACGAAACGCAAAAGGUAUUUUAUUAAACCCAUAAAAUACCCUGCUUAUUCAAAAGACAGGUCUUUAGACUCGAGAUCUAACCAACACAGUGAUAGUCACUAAACACGCAUAUACUUUAGAUUGUUUUAUAUGGUAAUCUUCCGAUUUUUUUUUCGUCGGAUGUCGGUAUUUGCUGGAUAGCUGGAUUUGCCUAUUCUGUACAUACUUAAGCGUAAGCGCAAUUUCACCGUAUGUCCUAAAAAUCUUCCACGGAAUUACAAAUAUGUAUGAUAUUUUCGUUACGAAACGCAAACUAUAUAGGUACAUACAUUUUUUGUCCCGAAUUAGGAUUCGAAUGAGAAAAUGAAGAGUUCUUCAAACCAGCCAAAUUUAAUUUAAAUGUACGAAGAAAUAAUAUCGUCAACAGUUCAAUUUUCAAUUCAAACAAUUUGGGCAUUUGUCAUUUGAUUGUAAUACCAACGAUUCUGAAGCCUAUUACACUGACAUCCAUUUCUUUACAUACUUUUCACCAUGAAUUUGUAUAGAACACAUGCGUUAGUCGAUUCAAUGUGGAAAAUUCAGUAAUUUUUUAAAAAUUUAGAUUUACUAGUUGUUUUUCCGUCUAUUAGUAUGUACCCUCUGCCUAACACUGUAUAUACUUUCAUUAAUCAAUAUGCGAUUAUAUAUAUUCACAAAGAUGGUUUUAAUGUUUACCUACUUAACCUAAAAGAAAAUAAUACAUCAAUGUAAUUUAUUGGCUACCUGGAUUACUUUACAUUUCCACAAUAAAAUUAAGUUUUAGUUAAUUGUACGAGUAAGUAAAUGUCAGUAUUAAGAUUAAGUCUUAGAAUAAGUACUACUUCAUACGCUUGUUUAGAAAACAAUGUUAUAAGAUGUAACCAUUAUGACUUAAAUAUAGGUGUUAACUAUUAGACUCUUAUUAUAUUUUUCUAUCUAAAAAUACUUUUUACAAGUUUUACAUUUUAUGAAAAUGUUUUGAACUUUUACCUGUGUUACUAAGUACUGUUACAUAAAUGUACACUUCCCAUAUCUACUUCAUGUGAAAUAACAGUUUUUUCGAA